GCCUGCAGACGAAUUCUUUGGAAGUUCGUUUGCGGAUUUUGGAUUUGGUGAAGUCAAGUGUCUCCGCAGACACAGCAGAGCAGGUGGGAAAGUUGCUGCGGAGACAAAUCACCAAAACUGAGGACUGCAGCAGCAGCAGCAGCAGCAGCAGCAGCAGCAGCAGCAGCGGACAAAUCAAUGAGGCCUAUAGAACGGCACUUGUCGAAACACUCGCCCACUGCUGCCUGAAGUACCCGUCAUCGCUGAUGGCUUCUCUCAGCUGCUUCGGAGACCUUUUGGGAGACACUUCUGCUGCUGCUGCUGCUGCUGCUGCGCUGCUGCUGCGGUCUGCUGCUAUUCAUUAUCCCCAUUUGCGGCCUUUAAUCAUUUCUCAUAUUGCAGAAGCAAUCAAUGAACCCAAACACGCCAAUGCCAUUGCCAUUGUUGCUGCUGCUGCUGUAGAAGCACUUCCUGCUGUUGCUGCUGCCAUCCCUGCUGCUGCUGCUGCAGCUAAUAGAGCUGCUGCUGCCAUUCCAGCUGCGGCCUCUGCUGCUGCUGCUGCUGCUGCUGCUGCUGCAGCAGCAGAGACGCAGCAGCAGCAGCUGCGCACAAUCGUUUUGGCUGACGGCUCUUAUGGCACCGAAACUGUUGUUCAGGCGGAGACAGAAAACUCCACUAAAGGCAGCAGCACAUUGCGGAACUUAAUUGUAGGAGGAGACACUUUGCUGGCAGCAACUUUAGCUGUUGCCAUCACGAAGCUGCUGCUGCUGUCAUCUCCAGACUAUCUGGAGAGACGCAAGCAGCAAGCUGCUGCUGCUGCUGCUGCAGCAGCAGCUGCAGCAGCAGCAGCAGCAAAGACAGAAGGAGCAGAAGCGUUCGAAGCUGCAUCGCAAGAAGAACCUUUCCUCGAAGAACCCCUCGAAUUCAAACCGCUGGAGCAGCAGCAGGCGCUGCUGCUGUGCUGCUGCCUCUUCAAACUGGCCCGAGAAGCAGCAGGAAAGAGCAGCGACGCAGCAACUCGCUGCAACCAGGCGCUCACUGCGCUGCUGUGCCUGCUGGGGGGGCCGAAGCAGCAGAAGCAGCUGCAGCAAUGUUUGGAUUGGUUUGAAACGGAUUUGGAAGGAAAGAGAAAAGAAGAAAUCGAAAAAAGAAAGCAAGAGGCUCAUGCAGGCUCCCAGGCCCUCAAGCGGUGUGCUGCAGUGGACUCCGCCAUACCUUUUCGUUUGCUGCUGCCUGUGGGGCCCGGAGAGAAUGCUGAGGAGAAGCGGCAGUUUGACGAGGAGUGUUUGUGGCAGCAGCAGCAGCAGCAGCAGCCAGAGCUGCUGCAGCAGCAGCAGCAGCAGCAGCAGCCAGAUGUUGCUGUUGCUGUUGGAGAAGCUGCGCCGCUAAACGAAGCAGCACUUUUCAACAAACGCCUCCAUUCAGUGCGGCAGCUAACUGGACUGGCAGACGAAGUAUACGUGGAGGCCUUCCUGCAUGUGAACCAGCUCGAUUUGCUGCUGGAGCUUUUCGUCUUCAACAGAACAAAUGAAGUUCUCUACAACGUCAACAUCGACCUCGCAGCCCAAGGGGACGCGCGGAUAAUGGUGAGUCCGCUGCCCUUCAGCCUUCCGCCGUUCGGGUCGACGAAAAUGAACUGUUCAAUAAAGUUGAAAAGUGCAGAAGGGGCAAUAAUAUUUGGAGUGGUAUCUCUGGAGCUGAAGCCCAGCAGCAGCAGCAGCAGCAGCAGCAGCAGCAGGCGGUUCGUGCUGCUGGCCGAGCUGCCAGUCAAUGUGCUGCCGUUCAUUCGACCCAAAUGGAUUUCUUUUUCUUCUUUUCGAAAAAAGUGGUUUGAGUUCGAGUGGGAAAAUAAACUCCAAGUCAACUCGCCCCCGCGGUCGAUAAUAUCCUUUUUGGAGUUGAUUUUACAAGAGACGAAAAUGACGGUGGUGGGUUCUCCGCCUCCGAGCAGCAGCAGCAGCAGCAGCAGCAGCAGCAGCAGCAGCCCAGCAGCAGCAGCAGCAGCAGCAGCAGAUGAAGACUUCGAAGAGUUGCUGGCAGCAAAAGCUGCACUGCAGCAAAUGAAAAGUUUAAAAGAAUUGGCAAAUGCUGCUUCCGUCUUUUCCGUCAACUUGUACUCUUCUUCUGUCUUUGCUGAAGAUGCUCUGGCCAAUUUGAGUCUCCAAAAACUGCCUGGGGGGCAGCUCGUUGGCUCCAUUCGAAUUCGCAGCCGCACACAAGGAAUCGCUUUGAGCGUCGGCGACAGGAUAACAGCACUUCAAAGAAGAGCAGCAGCAGAGUGCUAG